ACCAACCAGCACAAUGGCAUUCAAGUUUGUCGUCCUCGCUUGCAUUGUAGCGACCGCUAGCGCUGGCUUACUUCCAGCUGCUCCCGUCGCUUACGCUGCUGCCCCAGCCUACCACGGCGCCCAGGUGUACCAAGCCGCCCCAGCCUACCACGGUGCCCAAGUCUAUCAAUCUGCUCCUGUAUACCAGGCUGCACCUGUAUACCAUGCUGCGCCAGUGGCUAAAUACGCCGUAGCCCCCGUCGCUAAGGUCGCCGUUGAAGAAUACGACUCACACCCUCAAUACAGCUUCGCUUACGACGUUCAAGAUGGUUUGACCGGUGAUUCCAAAACCCAACACGAAUCUCGCGACGGUGAUGUCGUCCAAGGCUCAUACUCAGUUGUAGACCCUGAUGGCCACAAGCGCACCGUUGAGUACACCGCUGACCCCCACAACGGCUUCAACGCUGUAGUCCACAGAGAACCCAUCGCCGUUAAGGCUGUCGCUCCCGUCGUUGCCAAGGUUCACGCCGCCCCAGUAGCUUACUCCGCGCCUGUAGUCCACGCUGCCCCAGUCGCCUACUCAUCUCCUGCCUACUACCACCACUAA